UGGAGACAACUUGACUUCCGGUUUGACGACACAAGUAAUUUUAGACGCCAAAUAUUGACGUUUAUUUCGUGUAUAUAGCCUGAUAGGAACCCUUUUUCAAUUACUGUGAUCUUGUACUGAGAAAUUAUAGAUACAAUACCUUUUCUAUCCAUAAAACUGAAAAUGUGACAGUAUUAAGUCCAAUCAUUGCAAUCAAAGAAUACAUUAGUUCCAGGAGUGUCGUUUCAGCAUGCAGACACAGAUCAAUAUUUACAUGGCAGUUUGUUUUCUAUCAACCAGAGCCUGAUACAAAGAUCCAACCAUGGGGGCGAACAGCAGCAGUUUCACUGAACUUGCCAGUAAUGAAUAUUUGAAACGACUGUCUUCACCAGAUCCAAUAAAUCCUAUAGACCCUUACUGGAACCAACUUCUCUCCUUUUCUUUCCUUAUACCAAUCAACAGCUCUGAUGGCAAACUUCUGGAGGAAUCCACAGCCAGCGUCUGCAAGAGUGUGGCCAUCCAUAACUGUAAAAGUGGGAACUUUGGAGCCCUGAUUCGGAAUUUCCUUGUGAGGGCAACAGAACUGAAGGCCUCUGUACAGUGUGAUGAUAACAUUUUCACCUGGCAGACUUACAAUGCGCUGUUCAUUAUUCGUUCUCUCAGUAAGUACUUUGUGGAGCACCUGAGCGAGGAGCUGAUUCUGCAGCAGUUUGAAGCCAAACCAAAGGAAAUGGGAGGUUAUAAAGACCCAGAAGAAAUGGGGCCUUUGUUGGAGGAGCUGAUGAACUCCCUUGUGGAGAUGUUAGUGGAUGUCCCUGUCAUGAACUUUACGUACGCCCUCCAUUUAGAAGCCCUGAACACACUGCUGGUCCUGAUGUCCAUACAGAUGUUUCAGCCACAACCAGCCCACAAGUUCAGGGUUUACCAAAUCAUGAUGCAGGGAAGGUGUUCCAUCCAUGCCUGUGUGUUGGUGAAAGCUCUUCUGAGAAAUUUCUGUAACCAGGAGAAAUGUCCUCCUGAACUGUAUAGACAGUCUGCUGAUGUCAACAGUAUGGUGGCCUCUGUGGCAGCUAGUUUGUGGUCAGUGAUGACUCUUGGUAUGGGAAACAAAACAGAGAAGAAGGAAGAGGAGUUCCAAGAGACAUUAUUAGCCAAUCAGAGCCUGUUAUUUUUGUUAGUGCUCUCCAACCAUUGUACGAGUGAAAGAGGAAUUAGUAAUCCGUAUAGAGAAGCACUGUUUUCUUUUACAAAUAUACAUGAAUCUUCAGUAAGCCAAGUGGCAGCCACAUUUAAGAUGGACUACAACGUUCUGUACAGCGCCCUCUGUACGACAUUAAGAGAUGAUCAGACAACUCUGUUACUCUAUCUACUAAUUCACAGGAAUACAGGAGUCAAGGCUUUUAUCUUCUCCAGAACUAAUAUUGAUCAACUUGUGAUGCCUCUUUUGAAAAUUCUAUACCAUGCUCAGGACAAGAAUUCUCACCAUAUCUACAUGGCUUUAAUCAUCCUCCUUAUUUUGAGUGAAGACGAUGUGUUCAAUAAGGCUGUUCAUGAAAUUACACUGAAGAACAUCCCGUGGUUUAAGGAGAGGCCGAUCUCCGAGAUCUCCCUGGGUGGUCUGUUAAUUCUAGUCGUGCUCCGUACCAUUCAGUACAAUAUCACAAGAAUGAGGGACAAAUACCUACAUACCAAUUGUCUGGCAGCUUUAGCCAACAUGUCAACACAGUUUACCAACCUUCAUCCAUAUGUAGCCCAGAGAAUGGUCAGUUUAUUUUCACAAUUGAGCAAGAAGCAUGCUCGGGUUGUAGAACAAAUCAGAGAGUCUGCUGUCACAGAAACUGAGACAGAGGAUGCAUUGGAACAAAACUCUAUGCAGGACUUGGCUGUUCUGGAGGAAGUUUUGAGGAUGGUUCUGGAGAUCAUCAACUCCUGUCUCUCUUCCUCUCUUCAUCACAAUCCUCACCUGGUGUACUCUCUGUUGUAUCAGAGGGAGCUGUUCAACUCGUUCAAGACACACCCAACCUUCCAGGACAUCCUACAAAAUAUAGACAUAGUGCUGUCCUUCUUCUCGGCUCGUGUGGAGGAGCAUGGGAAGGGCGGAAACAUGUCCCCAGCAGAAGUGUUGGACAUCAUCAAGGAGGGGUCCGUGCAGUUCAGGCGGGACAAACUUAAGAAAUUCCCCGACCUUAAGUUUAAAUACGUGGAGGAGGAGUCUCCGGAGGAGUUCUUUAUUCCCUACAUCUGGUCUCUGGUCUACCAUUCAUCCAACAUGUACUUCAACGCUUCACGCAUUCUCCUGUUCUCCCUAUCGUCUUCCUGAUGAACCGAAUGAACUAUGAACCAAACCAGUAAACUGAUUUUGAACCACACCAAUCACCUCCUCUGAACCGGAAGGGAAAUGUGUGAUGUCAGCUUAUAUCAGUACAUAAAAUACAUUCAGUGAAAGUCAAACUGUUUAUAAAACAUCACUUAUAUAGAGCUGAACAUCCGAAGUUUGAAAUCGUGUGCAGAUCAUUUUUUAUGUGCACCAGAGGCAAUCAACCAUGGAGCUAAUCAUCAUUUUAAGUGGCGUCAUUAACAGAAAUAUCCUGCUGUAAUGGUGUUGUGUUUAAAUAAGAUGCAGCCUUAAAAUACACUGUGUUAGGAGAGCACCUCUGGUCUCCAUGUGGAAUGAGCGACUGAAAAUUGUACUUCAUUAGUGUAUCAUGUAAAUGUAUUACCACAGGCAUGCACUGUAGCAUCAUAAGUGUAUCAUGUAGAUAUAUCAUCACAGGCACCUAGCAUCAUUUUUCAAAGGGGGGGGGCUAGCUGCAAAAAUAUAGCCUGAUUUUGUGUUUGUGAUGGGGGGGGGGGGGGGGGGGGGGGCAGAAUAAAAAAAUCGGAGAGGGCUACAUUUUUGCAGCUAGGGAAGGGGAUCGUCAUCAUCAUCGGCAUUUUGAUUAACAUGCAGGAUUAGGUGCAUCUUUCACAGCAGUGGGCUCCCUUCCAGGUAACUGGCUUGCUGCAGGCAUGGCAGACCUAACAUUUGACUUCCAGGCAUCUCUGUCCAAUGGGUUAACAUCACGAAGUCCCCACUCACGCUGGUCUUUUUCUAACUGUGCUUUCCAGGUCAUCUUUGGUCUCCCUGGUUGUCGUCCUCCCUCUUUUUUCAUAUUAAAGACAUUAUUGAUUGCCCCACUGGAUCUAGCAACGUGCCCAAACCAGCGUAGCCUCUUCUCCCGCAGGAUAGCGUCGAGGUCAUCGAUCCCAAGUCGUGCCAGUAGCUCGCUUGAUCUGACACUAGCCAUGUCUUCUGUCUUUACCCUGCAAAUCUGUUUGACCAUGGCUCUGUCAUUUCGUCGUAGGCGAAGAAGGUCUGGAUGGGGGUGAGAAGUUUUAAAUUGUUAACUUCACACUUAACUAAAAUUCUUGACAAGCAAAAUUAAAGAAAUUUAUUUUGUCCUUUUAAAAUCUUAUUGGGUGGGGGUGGGGUGUUCGUCUUUUGCUUCAUUGGUUCAAUUUAUCAGUACAAGCUUACAUUCUUACCAUUCAAUACUAUUUUGGAACUGCACCCCACCGAUUAUUCUACCUGUUCGUACCACUUCAGCACUUACUGGAAUAAAUAUGUAUGGUUUCUGGAAUCUGACUGGAGUUCUGCAUUUUAGCUGAUUGCUUCACGUAAUGAAUAUAUUGGGAAAUUAUGUUAUAAUUGUUGUGAGUAUCCAGGUUAACCAGUACCGUGUGUACUUUCAAAGUUGAUUAAGGGAGAUCACUGACUUUUAAGACAUAGAAAGAUUAAAUGAACCCCCCCCCCCCCUUAUCUGAAAAGGAUGAAAGAGAAAAUUAUUUAUGAUGGUAGUGAGUACAUGUAUGCUGAAAAUUACACAAGUAUAUGUUAGUCAUAAAAGUUUCUGAUGAUCAUAGAACAGUUACCGGUAAUCAUAAAACAACUUUAAUUACCAGUAGUAAUUAAACAGUUACCGGAAAACAGUACUGGUAAUUAUGAACUGCGAAUUAUUUUUGCGAACAUAAUCCAUUUGCCAUCCUUGUACAAUGAAGUGAUAUUCUGAUUGUGAGAAAGUUACAGUAACAUGUUACUAUUGUGGUUGACAUGUGUACUGUGUUGGAUUGUAAGAAUUUGAUAUUUAUCAUUAUUAUUACGGAAUGUGUGAGCAGCAUAUGUACUGAAUUAUGAAGGGGCAAAACUAUUAUACCAAGUAUCAGAUUAUCUCGUUUAUUAUUCUUUAUUCAAUGUAAACAAUGUGAUUUUUUUGUGUUUACUGUAUAAAUAUGUAGUUUAUAGUUAAAUAUUGCCUAUUUUUACAUGUGAUAUAUUUUAAGUAUUUAAUGUUAAUCUUGUUGUUCAAUUCAUAUAUAUAUGAGGAGUGAUACUGAAGGCAAGUUCAAAAUAAAAAUUACAAUAUCACU